CAACUCUUGUUUGAAAUUGUGUUUCAACAAUACUAAAAAUUUAAAAAAAAAAAUUGUCUCUUUUUCACAUUGUGAAAAUUUAACAAUGGUGAUUUUUUCUAAGCAAGAAAUUGAAGUUGUGGUAGUUGGAGCUGGUCCAUCUGGGAUAGCUGUUUCAGCUUGUUUAAAUAAAUUUGGUAUAAAAAAUGUUGUGUUAGAAAAAGAGGAUUGUUGUGCUUAUUUGUGGAAGAAAAAGACUUAUGAUAGACUACAUUUGCACUUAGCUAAGGGUUUUUGUUCUCUACCUUUUAUGUCAUAUACAACUUCGACUCCGAAAUAUUUAUCUAAAAAUGAAUUUAUUCAGUACUUAGAUAAGUACGUGGAAUAUUUCGAUGUCAAACCGAAAUAUCAUACAUGUGUUGAAUGGGCGUAUUUCAAUAAUGAAGAGAGUAAAUGGAACGUCAAAUCAAGAGAUUUGUCUAGUGGAGAUAUGAAAGUGUAUGUUUGUGAUUUCUUGAUUUUGGCUACAGGGGAAAAUAAUGAAGGUUAUAUUCCCAAGGUGGUAGGGAUGGAAAAUUUCAAAGGCGAAAUUGUUCAUUCAAGUGACUAUAAAUUUGGGCGAAAAUACGAAGGAAAAAACGUAUUGGUUAUUGGAUCGGGAAACUCUGGGAUGGAAAUAGCGUUUGAUCUUUCAAAUUAUGGAUGUCAUGCAUCAAUCGUCGUUAGAAGCCCAAUUCAUAUUUUAACAAGGGAGAUGGUGUAUACUGCAAUGUUAAUGCUAAAAUAUUUACCAGUAUCUUGGGUUGAUGCUGUAAUUGCAAAAUACGCAAAAUUUAAAUUCGGAAAUUUGGCAAAAUUAGGAAUAUCGCAGCCGAAAGAAGGCCCAUUUUCUGUUAAAAUAUCAAAAGGUAGAUCUCCGGUAAUUGAUGUUGGUGCAAUCGAUAAGAUCAAACUCGGACAGAUAAAGGUACUUCCUGGAAUUUCGAAAAUAAAGGAACAAACAGUAGUGUUUGACAAUGGAGAUGAACAUCAAUUUGAUACGAUCAUUUUCGCUACUGGAUACAAAAAUGUUGCUACCAAAUGGCUAAAGGAUUAUAGCUCAAUAUUCCUUGAAGAUGGCACAUUGAAAAAUUGGAAAGGACAAAAUGGGCUCUACGCUGCUGGAUUUUCAAAAAGAGGCAUUGCGGGUAUUUCAAUGGAUGCUAUAGCUAUUGCCGAUAGUAUUAAGUCUGUCAGAGGAGACAAAAUCUAGACGUAUUAUUAAUAAUUAUCACAAACUAUGUUGUUAAAUUUCCUGUGUGAAUGAAAGAUACUUUAUGCAACAAGUCGUUCUUUUACUAUGUUGUUAAAAUCUCCAGGUUCUGCGUGAAUACGAGAUAUUUCAUGCAUCGGGCUUGACUUGUUACUAUAUGUUGUUAAUUUCAGGUAGAACUUAAAAAAACCUUGUUUGUUUUUGUUGGAAUUUAGUCAUAGAAAUUUGAUAGAUCUUUCUGCUGGAUUGUUUUUCUUUGUUGAUUUCAUUUUCUUUUUUCAUAAUGAUGGUGUGAUAACUAGCUUACACACACUUCGACUAUUACAGAAAGAGAGAGAUUUUGGCUUCUUGAGAAUCUGUUUUUCAUUCGAUUUCUUGAUGUUCAUAAGGUACAUAAAAUUAAAUGUUACAUUGAGCAGUUAACAUGCCAUCUUGUUAGGUCAUUGCUAAGUUCUGUACAAAAUGUUCUAA